AUGAGCCAAGAGAAGCAGGAGGCGGACUACACGGCGGAGGUGGAUUCGCUCCUUCCUCAGCUUGAGAAGCUCAGUAAGGCUGGCUCGCUGCAUGAGGCCUUGGAGCUGAUUGCCCCUUUGGAAAAGCGCGCGCGUGGCUCGGCUGAUCUGCUCAGCACAUCGCGUCUAUUGAUGACGGCUGUUUUGCUGAUCCGUACCACACCCGAUGUAUCCAAGACUGAUGUGCAGAAAUUGUGCGACACUAUUCAUACCUAUGCGAAAAAGCAUGGUCAGCUCAAGCAGGCCAUUACGCGUAUGGUGCAGCUAGCCAUGCUCUUCUUACACGACCCAGAUACGUCUCCCAUGCGUGCACCGCCGUCCAUCUAUGCAGUUCUCAGCAAGGACUCUCUCACGCCGUCCAAUGAAGAGAUGGCAAUUGACGAGGAGGCAAAGCCGUCGGACGAUGCGGCAGAGGAUCGCGAGGGCAAGGAAGAUGACCGUCUCACUGCGCUUAUGGAGCAUGGUCGUGCUAUUGGUAACAAAUCGCUCAAUGAUCUUGAUAAGAUGAAGUUGAUGGAAGCCUUGCGCGAUGUCACAGAAGGGAAGGUGUUCCUGGAGGUGGAGCGUGCGCGUGUGACAUGCCUCAUGUGCGAUAUGCUAUACAAGCAGGGCGAUGUGAACAAGGCAGCUGAUACCCUGCAGGAUCUUGCGGUUGAGACGUUUGGAAGUAUGGAUCGUCGCGAGAAAGUGCAGAUCAUCCUCGAGCAAAUGCGCCUCAAUCUAGAGCGUGGCGAUAUGCAUCGUGUGAAUGUUAUUAGCCGCAAGAUCAACACGAAAUUCUUUGAGAAGGGCGCGCACCAGGAUCUGAAGCUUUUGUACUACAACCUCAUGAUCCAAGUGAGUACGCAUGACGGCAAGUACCUGGAUGUAUGCAAGUACUAUCGCGAGGUCCUUCAUACGCCCAGCAUUCAAGAAGAGGAAGCGAAGACCAAGGAGGCCUUGCAGCAUGUGGUUAUUUUCCUAGUAUUGGCCCCUUUUGACAAUGAACAAAGCGAUCUUAUGGCGCGUGUCGAAGCGAUGGAGCCCCUGGAGACCGUACCGGAAUAUCGCAGUUUGCUCAAGUGCUUUACUACACCAGAGCUUAUGCGAUGGCCAGGUAUUGAGGCUUUGUACGGCCCUAUGCUGCGCAGUCUUUCGGUGUUCUCUGGAAGCAAGGAAGCAGAGGCACGAUGGAAGCAACUUCACGACCGUGUCGUGGCCUACAAUAUCCGAGUGGUUGCCAAGUACUAUACACAAAUCCGCCUCUCGCGUCUGGCUCAGCUCCUGGACCUGCCGCAGGACAAGACGGAAGAGGCAUUGGCGGAUUUGGUUUUCAAAAAGACCAUCCAUGCGCGCAUUGAUCGUCCCUCGGCGCUUGUGAAUUUCCAGGCGCGCAUGUCGGAUGCUGAGGUUCUGAACCACUGGAGCCAGGAUAUGUCGAAGCUCCUGACGACCGUGGAAAAAGUGUCGCACCUUGUGGAGAAGGAAUGGGCGAUACAACGCGCCGGUCUAGUGGUCAAGGCCAAUGAGUAG